CGCAACGGCGAGGGCUGUGAGGAGAUCGACGCCCGACCGUUUCGUGCGCCUUGACUUGGUAACUCACGCGUCCAGCAUGGCGCAGAACGCGAGAAUUGCCGUGUUGACGGACGAGUUGAUCCAAUCCAUUGUCGAUUUUAGACCUGAAACAAAUCGCCAGGCUUAUAGAAGAGCACGCGAUAUUGCGGCAAGGGCGUUGAAGCCACAUCAGUAUAAUCGCACAAAUCAGUUUGAAGUGAGGACGAGCUACGAAGGGCUUGACGAAAAGUUCCGCGUGCUGAACCGCGAUGAUCUGGCCGAUGCGUUGGGGGAGCGCAUGAGGGAACUGGAGGACCAUCGUCACAAAUGGAAGCCUGAAUGUUUGAAGCUGCUUUUGCUACUCGCUGAUAGACCGACCGAAGAUGCAGAUGUCAAGGCCCUGGAACUUUUGAAGCCACCAGAGGAGCAAGAUCCCCUUACGUGGAAGGAAAUUCUGGACGAGGAUCCUUACUCCGACGAGGAGAUCUGGAAGGACAUUGACUAUGCAGAAGAGUCCUCAGAGGACGAGAAACCCAUGCAAAGGAGAAAGGAAAAAGUAAAAGAUUCACCACCAUCAAGUGCCGAGGAGGAUGAUGUAUUUGAUCCCGAAACUUGUGUGCUUCCGCCUGACGAAGGCAUCAUAGCCGAAAUCAAGGAUGCCCAAUUUUGGAAACAUAGCAGGCUCGAUAGAUCUGAAAAGAUCGAGAUUACAGAACUACAAGCAGUUCGAGAAACACUUUUCAUGCUUGCGGGGCUGGAAACAUCACUGUACCUUAGUGACAAACGGAACGCUAGUGUGCGAGUCAAUCAACAUUACGCUGUCAAUCAUGCCAUACCGAAAACUAUGGACCAUCUUCUAUCUCAGCUCGGCGAAAUUGGUCGAGACAUAUCCAAACUUCGACAGUGGACCAUGCGCCCUUCUUCUAUUCCACUUGUCCAAACAUUUGAAGCAGUCAUCUGCCGGCGCCUGUCUGAUUUUGAUAGGUAUCUCGCCGACUUACAACGCCUCUAUCUGCUCCCUGAUAGCCCGACAGUAGUGAGCUUGUUGAAGCUGCAUUCUGAAAUCGAUGAAAAAGCAAGGCCACUCCUCAAGCUGGCCCAGCUAGUCAUCGACAUAGCCCCAUCUUUACUAGUGAACCCUUUUGCUCACUUGGAAAGACUGUUCGAGCAGACAACACUGGCUCAGAUGACACUCGAGAAGGACGUAUUCGAUUUCUUUUCUACUGUCUUCUUCGAAUGCCUUCAGACGUAUCUCAAGCCUAUUCGCCAAUGGAUGGAAUUCGGCGAGCUUGGAGCCAAUGAUGAGACCUUUUUUAUAUUCGAAAACGACUCUGGCAGUGAUGUUGCGUCACUCUGGCACGACAGGUUCGUUCUGCGACGAGGGCAGGCAGACAGACUACGAUGUCCAGAGUUUCUGCAUCCUGCGGCACAGAAGAUUUUCAAUACUGGAAAGAGCGUGAUAUUUUUGAAGGAGUUGAAUAUCUACGACAACCUCUCGGACUCUGCCGUGCCCGAACCUCGACUCGACCACGACGCUGUCUGUGGUGGCCUUGAUCUCCCUAUUUCACCAUUCCCAGAUCUUUUCCAGUCUGCUUUCGAUGGGUGGAUCAGGAGUAAAUACUCUAAAGCUUCGACAAUGCUCCGCAAACAUCUCUUUGCAGAGUGCCGAUUGCUGGAAAUUCUCCAAUCUUACAACAUCUUGUAUCUCGGUGCAAACGGUUCAGCAUUUCAAGAUUUCGCAAACUCAGUUUUUGAACGUGUAGACUCAAAGCAGCGAGGCUGGAAUGAUCGAUUUUUGCUCACAGAGCUAGCCCGCGGCAUCUAUGCGCACAUAUUGGCACAGACAGAGGUUGAUAGAGUAGUUGUGAAGUCAGUACGGACCAAGAGUGAAGGCCAUUCAGUCAAGGGUUUGGCAAGUGUAUCCAUUGACUACGCUUUACCUUGGUCAAUCAUGAAUGUCCUCCAGCGCUCUUCUAUCCCAAUGUACCAACAAGUAUUUACCUUCCUACUUCAAAUCUACCGAGCCAAGUACAUUCUACAAGGCAUUCAACUUGUGGACAUUCGCAUGAUUAAAGAUGCGCGCUUGCAGGCAUCUAGCUACAAGCUGCGACACAGUCUGAUCUGGUUCGCCGAUAUCCUACGAUCAUACCUCGCAGAGACAGUCAUCGCCCGAUCAAUUGAAGAUAUGGUCAAGGCAAUGGAGGCAGCAGAAGAUAUAGAUGACAUGUCGAACGUCCACAUUAAGUACCUUGCUCGCCUGCAAGAGCAGGCACUCUUAGCGGACAACUUAAAACCCAUCCACUCUACCAUCAUCGCAACAUUGGACCUCGCUGUUGCAUUCAAAGAUGCCCACGCUAGGGAAGCUGCAAAGACAGACAGUACCAAUGCUUCGGAAGCGAAGGACAAGAAGAAGCCUGCUCGCCCUGCCUUGAAAAGCGGGAGGAGAAAGAGCGUCAUCCCUGCAAUUGUCGAAGCCGACUCUUCGGAUUCCGACCUCGAUGCAGCUGCUGCAGAGGACUCGAGCAGUCCGAUCAAGAGUGAAAAAUCUCUUGACAGCACCUUGCAGGCUCUGCAAAAGAUCGACCAAGAUUUCAAUAGACAAUUGCCUUUCAUAGUCGCUGGCCUCCGCACGAUAGGACGUGUCGGCGCCGAUCCGGUCUGGGAAAUGCUAGCAGACAGAUUGGAGUGGGACAAGAAGAAGGAUAGAUAGCUAUUUAGAUCAAAUUUACACAUCAAGUAUCUGCC